CGUAAUCGCUGAGAAUUUUUUGGAUGAGUUACGUACGAAUAAAUUUUUAUAAUAGUGAAACAUUGAAUAAUGGCAGAUGAAAACGUUGGCAACAAUAUUUCUGAAAUUAAAUCUACAUUUACACCAACAGCACCACUAUUAUGUGGAAAAGAAUGUGAGACGAAUAUUUAUCAUGAACAGAACAAGAAACUUGAACAAGUACAAUAUACCAAACCAAAACAUGAUCAGCCGUCAAUAACACCACAGCCGCCAAUCAUUAUUAUAAAAUCUCCCACAAACAACGAGGCUGCUGCAAAAUGCUGCAAUUGUAAUAAUACCAAAUAUAAACCUGCAAAUAAAGUAAAUAAGUAUGAAAAAUUUGAAAGAUUUCUUAAAUAUUUUGGUUUGGUAUCUUUGGUGUUAGUAAUUGUUUUCUUUUUGUGGUAUAUACCGUACGUUAUCCUUGGGAAUCAUUGGAUGUUUUGGAAAUAUUGAAAAAAGUAUGGAUCUUUUCAUGCUAAAAACGAUAAGAUUGUAUUUAACUCUUUUGAAAACUCAAUCAAU